AUGCCUACCCAUCUCACCAGCAGUGAUGCCCCCAGCUGGCGGCGUCCGAAUCAGCCCAGCUCUCCCCCUCAGCCGGUUUCAGCUCACAGCCAGCGCGACCUUCAUGCUCACCGUAAAGACAAGGACAAGCCUCACGAAAACUGGAGGGUCCAUGCACAACCCGUUGCAGCUCCGUCCAAAUCUCAUCAGUAUCCGUCUCUGCAAGCGCAGCCCCUCUCCAUCUCGGCUCCCCGCACCAAACCUGCUCGUGCACACGCUUCCUCUUGCACUUCUGCUUCUGCUUCCACAGCUCACCAAACCGAAGCCAUACCAUCCCUACUCUCCACUAGCUUAAAUCGCGAAAAAUCGUCGGUGCUCGAUGCGCACUGGGUCCCCGGCAGACAUCCUCAUCCUGAUCCUAACGCACCCCAUGCCAUCAAACCUAGCGGUAUAGGCAAUGGCAUCAUCGGCAGAGCUCCCGAAUUCGGCACUUCGCCUAUCAAGACAAAAGGCGCCGCUUUUCCCGCCAUCCGUCCCCAUUGGCCACUCUCUUCGUCGCUCGAAAAGCACGUCAACUCCGGUCCAGCCACUCAUUUGCAUCCCCUGCGCAUCGAACCCAACGAGCGCUCUCGCUUCUUUCCGUCUGCCUCGACUCCACUCAAACCCAAUCAAAACAACUAUAGCGCCUUGAAGAGUCACUCCAGUCUGUACAGCCACGACCGCGAUGAGAACUGGAUGCUGACUCCCACCAGCUCACUACCCAGCAUCCCUAGCACACCAAAUCAUCUGCGUGAGUCUAGCACCGAGCGACUUCUCGCCGCAACCCCACAACUCGCGCCGCCCCCGCACACGCCCAAUGCCCGUCCACUGCCGUCGAUUCGUGGUCCUGUCGAUCAAUUCCAAGCAUCCCUCAAUUCGGCGCCUCGAACGCCUAGCCCCAGUUAUCCAUUUGGACGCCCGGAUCCAGCUCACGCUGGGCCCUCCUUGUUCAACCGUGGGCCCAGCGUCAACGUGCUAUCCUCGCCGAAACGCUCCCCUCUGGUUGUGUCGGCCUAUCCGCAUCGCCAGCAAGCUACAACUGCGACCGCCAAUCCCGUCUUGCUGAGUCCAACCUCAUCGCCCAAGCUUUCUCAUCGAACCCUGUCGCCCAUGACUAGACUCCCUCCAGCCAUCCCCGAAUCACACCUGCCCACGAGCUCAGACCGAGUCGUCAACAGCAUCGCUUCCAUGCUCAGCAGCGUGUCGCCACAGCCACGUCCAUGCUCUGCAUCUCGUCGCGAUUCGUUCAACUCGGUCACGUCUGCAAGCGCCGGUCAUGCGCUAUCACACUCCAGAAGAAGCUCGGCUGUCUUUUCUCCCAACUCGCCCACCGUCUCUACUCGUGUCGGCGUUUAUCGCCCACCUCAUCUCCGCAAUCGCGACAGCGUAUCAGGACUCAAGCCCAGCGUUGCUCAUUACGAUCGUGUGCGCACGCCCAGCCUCCGUGGCCUUUCUCGCUCCAGAGAGUCUUCCAUCUCUCUGAGCAGGCCCACUAGCCGACCGCCCUCAACUGUCCCCUUUCACCACAGCGAGAGCAUCCCCGAAGAUGGUCAAGCAGAUGACGCUGCGCGCACUCUGCUUCGCGGUCGACAGAGUAAUUUGUCCAUCCAUCUGCCCGACUUGAUCGCCGAAGAGCAGCUUCGCAAUGCAGCAGCAGCAGCAGCUGUCUCUGCAACUUCUGUCUCGGACAACGAUCACAAUGAUUCCUUUGUUGCCAACACGACGCAUCUUUUGGAGCAGCCUCUCGACAGUGCUUCCUUACUCGCCAAGCUGAGAGCGCAGCUGGUGCGACGAGAAGCUGCAGCCUCGGAUGCGGCCGCCUCCGACGCAGACCGGAACUCGGUCAUCCUUGAUGACAAUGGGCACGAGUUCUUUGACCUUUCCGAAAUGAUGGAGUAUGGCGCAUCGGAUAUCCACCCGCUGAGCCGUUGCAGUAGCAUGUCCGCUAUCGAGGGCCCUCCGCUUGGCGAUGUCUUUGAGAUAGGCGACCUUCUAGGUCCUGGUCUCGAGCACGAUGGUCACAUUAUCCAAAUCGCCGAGACCACGCCUGGCUUUGUCGACCAAAACGAGGAUCUUACAGGUAGCAAGCUAGAGGUGGUUCGCAAGCUAGGCGAAGGUAGCUACGCCGUCGUCUAUCUGGUCAAGGAGGUUAGCGCCCAAGAAGCUGCUUCGAAUCCAUUGCAAAAAAGCGUCGCCAUUCCUUCUUCCUCCUCGCGGAACACGAACACAGACUUGGAGGCUUCGAGUAAGAACCUAGACGACGAUGCCGAUCUCACCAUGGUCGCCUCCUCGGAAGAUAUGCUCAGCACGACUCUCAAAGCCAACGCCAAUGCCAAGGACCAAGGUUUCCACAACUCGCCUGCUCUCGAGGAGAGGAGACGCAAAGACCUCAAGAUCAAUACCCACAUGCGUCCCGGCAAAGAGUUUGCCCUCAAGUGUCUGUGCAAGCGCGACUUGCCUGAAGAUAUGCUAGAGGUGCAACGGCUGGAAGCUACCAUUCAUCAGUCAAUUCCCUCUCAUCCUAACAUUGUCACGCUCUACCGCACCUACGAGACGCCCGACUGGCUCUUUUUAGUUCUGGAGUACUGUCCUGGCCAAGACCUGUACUACUGGCUCGAACAGGCGCAAGACGAGGGCCGUCCCGCCGAACCGGCGGGAAACAUGUACGCAAACACAUUCGUCGAUCGUGAUGAGGUAGCUGCCACACUGAAAGGAUCCUCGACUGCUUCGAGCGACGACAACUAUCGUGUGCUAGGAACGUCGUUGGAUGCAACGCCACCAUCGCCUUCGCUUUUGGCCUCGACGUCGGGUCAUAGUCUGCUCUCCAAGCGUCGUAUACGCCUGAUCGCCAGGAUGUUCCGGCAGAUAUGCGACGCUGUCCAGUUUUGUCAUGACCGAGGCGUCAGCCAUCGCGACAUCAAACCUGAAAACUUUAUCGUCGAGGAUCGUCGCACCCUUGAAGAGAUGCAGUCUGCCUGCCCGGACACAAGUGCCAGCACCCUGGUCGAUGGCUUUCGUGACGGCGAUGAGACACAGGUGAUUGUCAAGAUGACCGACUUCGGCCUUGCAACCGCUGAAGAUCGAUGUGAUGACUUUGACUGCGGCAGCAAACCCUACAUGGCCUUUGAAUGUCACAACAACAUUUCGUCGUCGUACGAUCCCAAGCAAGCCGAUAUUUGGUCGCUAGGAGUGGUUCUGCUCAACUUGCUUUUCCACCGAAGUCCUUUUACCGAACCGUCGAUGAGCUGCCCUUCCUUUUCGGCCUACUGUCAAGACCCGAUCCGCUUCCUGAUGGAGUCUUUCGACGGACUCACAGAGACUGUCGCACGCUUCCUAUCCGAGAAUGUGUUCUGUUCGAUCUCUGACGACGACGAUGUGACGCAGAAACGUAUAUCUGCUGGCGAGUUUUCGCGUUGGGCAUGCAGUCUCGUCGAUCACAUGGGUCUCUCUGGACCAGGUAGCGGGCGCAUAUCUCGGGGCGCCUCGAUUCAUUCGACGAUCCCUUUGAUCCACUCGCGCACUGCCUCCAUGUCGACGCUCCCUUCGCUUCUCAGCUCGCCUCGUCCUCGAGCUCGAUCGUUGGCACGCGACACGGACCACAUUCCCGAUCUCGACGUCACAGCUGACGCCACUUUCCGAGCUGCAUUCGCUGCAGCCGCUACAAGGCAAGGCAAUAUGUUUCCCAAUCCGGCGCUCUUCACACCCGACGUUCUACCUUCGCCCACCUUCACGCCUUCGCCGCAUCCACCGGAGCAGAACCCGUUUGAUACUCAGUAUGGUGCCGCGGAGGAAGCUGCACGUUGUACGGAAACCAGUGUCGAGCAGGAAGAGCACGACAACUCGGGUCAUCUCCACAACAGUGCCUUUGACUCACCGAGUGGUGCAAACGUUGCAAAGCGUCAGACAAUCAAUCCUGACAGCCUAGGCUCAGAGCGGAUCAAUCCAGUGACUCACCCAGCUAGCGAAGGAAAAGAGGGCGCACACGACAUCUCAAACAACCUUCUCGAUACCGAGGUUUCAGCUGACAUCUCGUCGCCAAAGAAGAGCGAUGUUCCAGUUGAAGCGGAACCAGCUCCUGCAAGCAGUGACACUGGUGGCGAGGGAGACGUUCCCGACGAGGCUGAGCAAGUCACUUCAGCGGAUGGUGGCGGGGGAGCCCUCGGGGAAACAGAAGAUGGCGAUAAAGCGGAGAGCAUUACGAUGUCGAACCAUUCAAAGAGAAGAAAGCGCGGCGCGCGCAAGGGCCGCACGCUUGCCAAGCAGCUCAAGCGAUCACAGUCGGUUGAGGGCAUGACGGAGGCAGAUGCCAACGAUCCAGCUGCCAAGGCGCGGGAACGUGAGCGCACCAUCCGCGAGCUCGCACUGGCGUCGGAAACGCUGGCAAGACAGAUGAGCAAGAUGACCAAGCCUAGCGAUUCUAUCGAUGUCCUGGUGUCACCACAGAUCACGCUGUCCAAGCCAACCGCCGAAGCGGCCGCACGGUUUAACUUGCAAGGUCUGGUUGAUGCUGAGGUAGAGUCGGCCAACAUGCGAGUUGCCAAGUCUGGCGACGAUGGUCUAGCAGCGAACUGGUCCUCGGCCGCGAUGCGACGCGAGAGGAUGAGCGAGCAACGCAAGACGGGAGUAGCAGCACUUCAAGAUUCUGGGAGAAGCCGCGUCAUGUCGUGGCGCGAGCGUAACCAAUCAGCGGCCACAUUGUCGUCCGUCGCGUCUUCGGCGGCUACCAGCAUCUCGAGCCACAGUUCGAUCACGUCGGCGACAUCGAGCAUCUACUCGACCGCUUCAGCGCCCGCUGCUCUGACGCGCAAGGACUUUUCCUCUCGCAACCGAACGCGUGGCAGCGGGUUUGGUCUGGACACGAUCUCAGAGCGCGAAAAGACAGAGUCGGCAAAGAAGGAAGUGGACGCAAAGUACUUGGCUGGCAUCUUUGGUGGCGGUGACAACCUAGCGCAAGGUAAAAAGAGAAAGGAAGAGUCACAGCGAGCGGCUCCAAGCCAGCAAUGUGGCGAGAGCGCAGCGGCGCAAGCGGGCGUGUCGGUGGCGGACAAAGGCGAGACCAAGGGCACCAAACUUUUUGGCCUGCUCACAGAGGGGAGCAGCAACGGCAGCAAGGAAAACGGCGUAAUGCGGUCGACGAGCGCCAGCUCUACCAAGUGGGUCGAGCCUUCAUCGCGUCUAGCUACUAUCGAGGCUGGCGUCAAUGGAUCUGCUCAGCGCAGCGUGAGCAUUAGCAGUGUGACGUCGAAUUCGAGCAGUUCUGGUGUGGCUGCAUCGUUUGUUUCUCGAUUUCGACGUCCGGCGACGUCGUCGUCAUCAUUGUCAAUUGUGGCGACGACGACGAGCAAGGCUAAUGGCUCAGAUGCGGGCGGUGGUUUCUCUGACAGACAAGCGCAAACUUUCGAAGCGGGUCGGCUUGAAAGUGCGAGUCUGGGCAUGCGAAGAGACGUAUCUACCAGCACGAGCAGCUUGCACCAUGUCAAGCACGAUGAAACGUCUGCGACGGCGCGCGAAGUGGUACCUACGUUGAGCAACGGCAGUUGCACCAUCAGCAGCGUCAAGACGACCGAGGUCGGUAGUUCUGACUCUAACGAUGCUGCAUCCUCAUCUGUAUCUGCAUCUGCAUCUGCAUCCGCACCAGUCGCAGCCGCAGCCGCAGCCGCCGUCAAGAAGCGUAGCAUGGGCAAGUUCCUGCUCGGCGUGCGUGAUAGCAUCAAGAAUUUCUGA